CAUUGUAAUUUGAAGGUCGAAUUUUCAAGUAAUUUCUUACCGUGUCGAUCACCAACGGCUAGAUUUUAGAAGUAUAUAUAUACAUAUUUAACGUUUAAUUUUAAGACGAAGUUAAUUAUACCUUAGUAUUCGAAACCAUGUAGUCCUAAUUCACUUCUGAUAGUUCUGCCGUAACUAGUGAGAACUACCAACUUCUAAUCGUUGCUACAUAGGACAGGAAUGACAGAAUUGAGGAGUCGUGACCCUAAUAAACACCCUGUAAAAAUUUUUGAAGCCAAAAAAGGCAGAAGACCUGUCUUUAUAGCUGCUCCUAUGGUUAGGUACUCCAAAUUACCAUUUCGACAGCUGGUACGAGAUUAUCAGACAGACAUUGUAUACACCCCUAUGAUUUUAGCAAAUGAAUUUUUACAUCCAAAAGGAAGAUAUUUUGAUUUUUCCACAAAUGAAAGAGAUACCAGUUUGAUCCUUCAAUUCGGUGUUGAGGAUCCUGUCAUUUUAUCAAAAGCUGCUGAACUUGCCGGGCCGUAUGUGGAUGGAAUUGGAAUUAAUUGUGGAUGUCCGCAGAGCUGGGCUAUUCACGAAGGAAUUGGUUCAGCGCUUUUGAAGGAACCUGAAAGAGUAUAUCAACUGAUCAGGGCUGUUAAAGACAAAUUGGGUGAAGACUUUUGUGUUGAGGCGAAGAUACGUGUAUCAAAGAAUUUGGAUGAGACCAGACAUUUAAUGCAAACAAUUGAACGUGCCGGAGCUGAUUUUUUGACUGUGCACGGUCGAACCAGGCAAGAUCGUUCUUCAUUUCCUGUCAAUUUAGAUGCUAUUCGAGAAGUUCGAUCUUGUGUAAAUAUCCCUGUAGUCGCCAAUGGCGACGUUAAUUCCCUUCGCGAAGGUUAUGAGAUUGCGAAGUUUACUAACACAGAUGGUGUUAUGUCAGCUAGAGGGUUAUUAGAAAACCCGGCACUCUUUGCUGGGUUUGAAGACACACCAUGGGGAUGUGUAGAGCGAUUUGUUUCUUAUUCCACUGCUUACUCUCUGAACUUUCAGUUGUUUUAUCAUCAUUUGAUAACGAUGAUGGGUAAGAUGACCACGAAACGUGAACGAAUGACUAUUCCUAAAGAAAGUUUUGCUGCUGUUAUGGACUGGCUAGAUGAAACAUUCAUCGUACGUCGUCCAGGAGAACCAUUGUUUGGCGAAACAGUACUUCCUGUGAGACGGUAAGCUUGGGUAUAAAAGAUAAUGGACUUGAUGUAAGUAGUUUUAGGUUUUAAUGAGUAGGAAUUUAAUGAAUUGAUCGGUUGCGUUUACUUUUACCCUCUUAUUUAUCUUUCGUGUGUGUUUUCCUGCGCUUGUCUGACUAUGUCAAGUGUUUCUGAAGCAAACAACGGCUUUACAUGAUUUCUUUUUCUCGGUGUACAUAAACGUUUCCUAUAUGUUAGGUUUCUUUUGCAGAAAGAGCAAAACGACUUUACUACGAAAAGAAAAAAAGUCUGAAGUUUAUAUUUAGGAAGUACAAUAAUACAAUAAAUACAAUAAGUACUUAUGGAAACUUUCAAUUAAAAUCAUAAGUUUAUGUGAUUUGAAGUAUCUCACAAA